CCAAAUCCAUGCUCUCGGCCAUCUUCACGCCACCACGCCCUCCACUUCACGCAGUCACGCAAAUCUCACGCUCGAUAAGCAAUUUGUGAGCGAUCGAGAACCCUCUCCAGCCACCGCUCAAUCCAGUUUUGUCCAAGUUCAAUGGCUACACAACACUAAUAAAAGACACUACCAAAAACGGUUAAUCAACUUAGCUUUGCUUUGUUUAGUUACAUACACAAGCUGGCUGGUAAUUGCUGUAUUGACCAAAUAAAAUGGCGGAGGUAGCAUCAAACGAACAGCGUAAAGCUGAAGGUGAAACCACAGAUGCUGGUAAAUCUGUGUUUAAUUUGGGAGCUGUUGUUGGUGAUUUAACUGUUGAAGAGGAUGCGAGCAGCAAUGAUAUAUCGUUGGAAGGACUACAACAAGAGCUUGAAGAAUGCAAAACUGAUGAGGUUGUUGCAAACAUAUUAUCGAAAGGUGUGAAACUGCGGGAGUAUACUAAGGGAGUUGAAAACAAUUUACGGCAAGUGGAAUUGGACUCUAUUCAGGAGUACAUAACAGAGAGUGAUAAUCUAGUGUCACUGCAUGAUCAAAUUCGUGAUUGUGAUGUCAUUCUUUCACAAAUGGAAACUCUACUCGGUGGAUUUCAGGUUGAGAUUGGUUCUAUUAGUUCAGACAUAAAAAUUCUUCAGGAGAAGUCUUUGGAUAUGGGGCUGAAGCUGAAGAAUCGCAAGGUUGCAGAAUCAAAAUUAGCAAAGUUUGUUGAAGACAUAAUUGUACCGCCGAGAAUGAUAGACGUAAUUGUUGAUGGAGAGGUAAAUGAUGAAUACAUGAGGACUCUUGAAAUCCUGAGUAAGAAGCUGAAGUUUGUUGAAGUAGAUUCCAUGGUUAAAACAUCAAAUGCUCUAAAAGAUGUUCAACCUGAGUUAGAAAAACUUAGACAGAAAGCAACUUCAAAGGUAUUUGAAUUCAUGAUUCAGAAGCUUUAUGCAUUGAGGAAACCUAAAACAAAUAUCCAGAUUCUUCAGCAGAGCAUCUUGUUAAAAUAUAAGUAUGUUAUUUCCUUUCUCAAGGAGCAUGGGAAGGAGAUUUAUACUGAAGUUCGGGCAGCAUAUACUGAUACGAUGAACAAGGUCUUAAGUGCUCAUUUCCGUGCUUAUAUCCAAGCUUUGGAGAAAUUACAACUAGAUAUAGCGGGUCCAACUGAUCUGAUUGGUGUUGACACCAGAAGCACAAGCCUUUUUUCAAGAGGAAGGGAACCUUUGAAAAACCGGUCUGCUAUCUUUGCUCUCGGGGAGAGGAUAAACAUUCUCAAGGAAAUUGACGAGCCUUCAUUAAUCCCACAUAUUGCUGAAGCAAGCUCAAAAAAAUAUCCUUAUGAAGUCCUCUUCAGGAGCUUGCACAAGUUGCUUAUGGAUACUGCUACUUCAGAAUAUGUCUUCUGUGGUGAUUUCUUUGGAGAAGAAUCUGUAUUUUAUGAAAUAUUUUCAGGGCCAUUUGCUGUGAUGGAUGAGCACUUCAGUACGGUUCUCCCAAAUUCCUUUGAUGCAAUUGGUAUAAUGCUUAUGAUCCGCAUCACACACCAGCACCAGCUCAUAAUGUCUAGGCGUCGGAUUCCAUGUCUUGAUUCUUAUUUAGACAAGGUGAAUAUUUCAUUGUGGCCACGUUUCAAGAUGAUCUUUGACAUGCACAUCCACAGUCUGCGGAAUGCCAAUGUGAAGUCAUUGUGGGAGGAUGAUGUGCACCCACACUAUGUCAUGAGGCGCUAUGCUGAGUUUACAGCUUCACUUAUUCAACUUAAUGUUGACUAUGGAGAUGGCCAGCUUGACCUGAAUAUGGAAAGACUGAAAAUGGCUGUUGAUGACUUGCUUAUUAAGCUCGCCAAAACAUUCACAAGACCGAAACUGCAGACAGUAUUUCUUAUUAAUAACUACGACAUGAUAAUUGCAGUUUUGAAGGAAGCAGGUCCUGAAGGAGGGAAAAUUCAGCUCCAUUUUGAAGAAUUUCUGAAGAAUAAUACAGCUGUUUAUGUGGAAGAAUUGCUGUUGGAACAUUUUGGCAAUCUGAUCAAGUUUGUCAAAACCAGAGCCUCUGAGGACCUGAGUUCUGGGUCCGAGAAACCAAUUACGGUAGCUGAAGUUGAACCGCUUGUGAAGGACUUUGCAAGUAGAUGGAAAGCAGCAAUCGAGCUAAUGCACGGUGAUGUUAUGACUUCAUUUAGUAACUUCCUUUGUGGAAUGGAGAUAUUAAGAGCAGCCUUAACCCAACUUCUACUUUACUACACAAGACUCUCCGAUUGCAUGAAAAGAAUUGCUGGUGGAUCUGCUCUCAACAAGGACCUUGUUUCCAUAUCAUCAAUAAUGUACGAAAUCAGGAAAUACUCGAGAACAUUCUAGAAGAUGAUGAAAAUGGUGAUGGCGAAGGAUUCUUUGGCAGCAUGGCUUUUGGUCAGCCUUCUAUUUCUUGAUUAAAUGAUAUUAUGGAUCUUAUGUGAUAUGAUCAUUCCAGUUCUUGAUCAAGUAUCACGUAUCAGUUUUGUCGAAGAAUUCUGGUUUAUUCUCGAUCCAUGUGAUUUAGAUCUAUAAAAUAAGGUUGGCAACGGUUAUCUUCUGUUUGUUUGUGUGUUUUGUAUGUAUGAUUCCCAUGUCUGGUGUAAUAUUACCAUGGGAUAGGACGAUAUUGAGUGAGACAAAAAUGUAUCCUUUCUUUGUCCCAUAAAAAACCACGGGAAAUGAGACAAGAUUGAUAAUCGGUUACAGUUGGGGCAGUUAUGAUGUAACCGGUCGGUUAAGAUGAAA